AUGAAAAGUUCCCAUGCUACAAAGUCGUGUGUGCUCAUUCUGCUUGUGGCCCUACUGUGUACAGAGAGAGCUCAGGGGCUGCACUGCUACAGUUGCUGGGGGGCCACAUCUGAAACUUCCUGCCAAUCUCUUACCUGCCCCUACCCUGAUGGAGUCUGUGUCACUCACGAUGUGGAAGCCUUGGUGGGCUCUCAGAAACUGAAGGUAAAGAACAAGUCCUGCCUCCCCACCUGCCCUGACAACUUGGAUUAUCUUGAUAAUACUCAGAUCAUGGGUGCUGACAUCCGCUCCAACAUUUCCUGCUGCAAGGAAGACCUCUGCAAUGCAGCAGUUCCCACUGGGGGCAGCACCUGGACCCUGGCAGGGGUGCUUCUGUUCAGCCUGGCCUCAGUCCUCCUCCUGCAGGCCUUGCUGUGA